UCCCCUCUGACUGGUAGUUUUGAAACUAUUCUUUCCUCCACCCCUCUAACUCUGGUUUGCUUCUGUCUUCAUGAAGAUCCUCAAGCAUCCACUAUUAUAUGCAACAUGGAACAAUUUUCUGACCGUCCUCAUCAUCCAGACAGGGUCCCUUACUUUGAAGAGGUUCUGAAAGAAAAAGAAAAGGAUGGGUUGGAGGGAAAAGAAGUGGAAUUUUUUAAAGAAAGGGUCGAGAGACUGGAGAGUGAGAGGAAAGAGAGAAAUGGGGCGAUGUUUAUGGUUUUGGAUUGUCUCACUUCAACGAAGUAUAGCUUGUCUAGAGUGAUAGAAGGUUUAGAGGGAGAAAAGAACGAAGCUUCAGUGAAAGAUUGUAAGGGGGAGUGUUCAGGUGAGGAAUCAAGGAUGUUGUUGGAAGAGUCGAGAUUGAUCUCAAGGCUUGCGGUUGAGGUGGAGAAAAGGGUGGAUAGGUACAAGGAGAUGAGGAGGAAGGAGAAGAAAGAAUUGGAGAGCAGUUUGAUCAGUUUGACCGAGGAGAAUAGGGAUGUGAAUAACUUGCUUAGGGUUGCCCUGUUGGAGAAAGAAGCAUUGGAGAAGAGAAUAAAGGGACAUGACCAUAAAAGGAUGCCCCUUUUGCAGUUUGGUUGGUUCAUGAUGGGUGGUGGGAACACUGAACAAUCAACGGAGAUUUCUGGGGCCAAAUCAGAUAGCAGUGAGUGUGAAGAGGAAGUUGUUAGUGUGGCCUCAACCGUGGAAAGAAUGAUGAAGAAUUUACGUCUUGAAAUCACUCGAUUAAGGAGAUCUUUGGAAGAAUCUAGGUCAGAUACAGAGCGUCUCCAGUGUCUCACAGAAAAACAAGCAAAAGAAAUUGCAGAAAACAAACUCUACAUCAAAGAGUUAGAAGAUAGAGAGAGAACCUUGGCUCAAAAUGUAGAGGAGUUUUUGAUGGAAAUGAAAGCAGCCGAAGAAGAAGUUGCUAGAUGGAAGGAAGCUUGUGAGUUGGAAGUUGAAGCUGCAAAGGUAGAGAUUGAAGAGCGUGACAAAAUGGUGGCUGUCUUGAAACAAGAACUGCAUAAAACAAAGACUAAUUUGGACAUAUCCAAUGGAAAAUUAAGACUGAAAGAGGAACUUGCAAUGACUGCAAUAACUGCACAGGAAGCAGCAGAGAGGUCUUUGAAACUGGCUGAUGCUAGAGCAGUUGAACUUCGUGGGAGAGUUGAAGAACUAACCAGACAACUAGAAGAAACAGAUAAAUGUGAAAACAAUAUUCAUAAAGUGAGACGCAUAUGUUGGCCAUGGCAAUUUUUCAAAUUAGCAAACACUGGAGUUGGAAAUGCCAAAAGGAUGUUACCAGAAAUGCAAGCCUUGAUUUAAUUAACUUAUAUGUAUACUGACAUAAUUUUCCAAAACAGUGAGUUAUUCAUCUUUAACUUCAUUGAUGUAAAUGUGGUAUACCUUAUUA